UAAUUUAUGUAACUUUGGAGCAUGAAGAUGCAAAUAGAAGAGGAAUCUUCAUCCUCGCCUACCACGGCGGCACGGCCAGAUUAUUGAUCAGCUCGACUCUUCCAAAUCUCCCUUUCUCUCCGUCGAUCAUCCUUCCACGGCCAUGGCUUUUCCACAGCAGCAGCACUUCCAACAAUCACGAGCUUUCAGAGAUUUUUACAACAUGGAUGCUCAGAUUUCGCAGCCUGUGGCCUACUUUAACGGCUCUAAUCUUCCCGAUCAGUCUCACCAUCCUCCAUAUGUUCCUCCUUUUCAAGUGGCUGGGUUAGUACCUGGUGCGGUGGAAGAAAGUGGGCUCGAUUUGCAGUGGAAUUAUGGGAUCGAGCCGAACAAGAAGAGGCCCAAGGAGCAAGAUUUUCUGGAGAACAAUUCCCCCAUAUCAUCUAUAGAGUUCUUGCAGCCACCUUCGGUGUCUACUGGGCUUGGCUUGUCCCUUGAUAAUGGGAGAAUGGCAUCAUCUGGUGAUUCAUCUUUUCUGGGGUUUUCAGGAGAUGACAUUGAACUUGAGCUUCAGAGACAGGAGGCUGAGAUGGAUAGGUUCAUCAAAGUUCAGGGUGAUCAGUUGAGGCAAUCUAUUCUUGAGAAAGUUCAAGCAAAUCAACUGCAUACCAUAUCCUACAUUGAAGAAAAGGUCAUCCGAAAGCUACGCGAAAAAGAGGCUGAGGUUGAAAACAUAAAUAAGAAGAAUGUGGACCUCGAGAUGCAAAUGGAACAGCUGGCAUUGGAGGCCAAUGCUUGGCAGCGGAGAGCCAAAUAUAAUGAAAGUCUCAUUAACGCGCUCAAUUUUAACUUACAGCAGGUUUAUGCCCAACAAAGCAAAGACAGUAAAGAAGGCUGUGGUGACAGCGAGGUGGAUGACACAGCAUCUUGCUGUCAUGCUCCUGCCAUUGAUUUUCAAUUGCUCGGAAGGGAGAGCAAUGAGAUGAAGAAGUCGACGAUGACCUGUAAGGUUUGUGGCGUUCACCCUGUUUGCAUGCUACUACUGCCGUGUAAGCACCUCUGCCUCUGUAAAGAAUGUGAAAGUAAAAAUGGCGCGUGUCCUCUGUGUCAGUCCACUAAGUAUAUUGGGAUAGAGGUUUAUAUGUAAACCGACUACGUGAAUCUAAUUUAAUGUUCAGUGUAUAUUGUCCACCCUUGUUGCUUAUCCUUUCAGCACCACUUUGUAUUGUGUAAGUGUACUAUCCAAAGAUACAUUUUUAUUAACUACUGAAGACUUUGAUCUCAUUCACGACUUUUGUAUGGGAUUGAAUGGCCGG